AUGCACCGUUCACCCUCCAUGCCAGCUGCCGCAUAUGGCGGGGCCACGUCAUUGUUGUCCACGUCACCGCCUCCAGGCCAAGCAGACGGCUUUUCUUACGUCAGUCCUGCCGGCAUCGACGUCACCGCAACCCGUUCGGACCCCUCAUCCAUAUCAAACCUCUCCCGAACCUCCACCGGACCUCCGCUCUCCCAAGCCUCUACCGGGCGGUCUCUCUCCCGAGCCUCCAGCGGAGGCUUGAGCAGCAGCAGCUGGACCGGCGUUCCGCCUUGGGACUGGCCGGAGUCUCUAGCGCCCGCUUUUGUGGCGGGAGCAGCGGGCAGCGGCGGUGGCGCAUGGGGGACAGCGGGUGGGGGAGGCGGAGCAUGGGGGGCAGUGAAUGGGUCAAGGGCGGGAGGGGCGGCGGGGGGAGGUGGCACGGGAGAGGGCGCGCAGCAGCAGGGGAGCUUGCAGGGAAAGCCGGCCUUGGGAAUGCACUCUGUCGGCGGGUAUAUGCUUCCUGGGAGCGGGUAUGGCGGGGCUGCUGCUGGUGGUUUGGGGGGAUGGGGAGGGCCAGGGGCCUUCAACGGAGGGGGAGGAGCAGGGGGCGCAGGCAGAACGGGAGGAGCAGUGGGAGCGGUGGAAGCAGGGGCGGUGGCAGCAGGGGGAGGUGGGAUUGGGAUCGGAACGGAGGUGGGAUUUGGCCGUCAAUCCUUCCUUGCAGCUUCCUCCACGUCCCCUCCUACCAUCACCCGUUCACUCACCGACCCUCGCAUCUUCGCCCCCCGCCAGGCCCCCUGGCACGCACCCGCGCUCUCCCCCUUUCCCGCUUCCGCCUCCCCCCCGCCUACCCCUUCCACCUACUCCCCGCCUCCCACGUCCGCGUUCCCGCCGGGCUUUCCCCUGCUGUCCGUUGACCCCUUGUCCCCGCUGGGGGCGGGCGCGGACCUGCUGCUGUCCCCCACGCGCCCGCUGCCGGUGUGCCCGGCCAAGGGGCAGUGGGUGCGCGGCAGCCAGAUCGGCGCAGGGGGCUUCGGGAAGGUGUUUCAAUGCGUGAGCAUCGUGACAGGAGAGGCGUUCGCAGUGAAGCAGGUGGCGUUGAUGGCUCCAAAAGCCAUCCCGGACGGACCUCUCUGCUUCUCGCCCCCAACCCACGCCCCUGCCCCCCACGCCCUCUGUGCCCCUGCCGAUUCCCCCCUGGUGCGCCUGCAUGUGCCCCUGAGCAGUAGCAUGACAGGAGAGGUGUUCGCAGUGAAGCAGGUGGCGUUGGAUCGCUCCGAUGCUGACUUCAGGGGCGACCACUCCAUCGAACAGCUCAAACAGGAGAUCAUGCUGCUGAGUCGCAUCAACCACCCCAACAUCGUGCAGUACCUCGGUUGUGAAAUCGACGACAAGUACCUGUACAUAUUCCUAGAGUACGUGGAGAUGGGAUCCAUUCUGAACGUGCUGAAGAAGCUGCCAGUGCGCCCCCACGCGCUGCUCAGCAAGUAUGUGCGCCAGGUGCUGCAGGGACUCGCCUUCCUGCACUCCAUGGAGUUCGUCCACCGGUGA